UUGUACCAGUUGGUGAAUGAUAUUUGACGACCCCGCUCCACCGUCACGAAAUCUUCAGUGAUGGAGUGCCCUAGGGCUAUAGGAAAUCUUCUAUUCCGUAUUAGGUAUUCAUUAUAACUCACCGUUGUUUUAGUUGAGUGCUUCUACCUUUCUACAGUUUUCUACAGACACGGGCCAAGUUUUUGUCCGAUAUAUGAAGGAUUUUCGGGAUAAUCUGACAUUUCUUUCAAUCAUCAGUUUAUCAUAAAGAUGUCUUCCUUCAUUCUUUUUUCGUCCUUGCUUGUUGGACUCACUUUCGUCGUACUUGUAAAUAGUUACUGCCAAAGACCGGGGUUUUAUUGUCAGCAAUUCGGUAGAUGUUCUGAAAACCAAACUUGCGAGUGUCCCACGGGAUUUCGAGGUUUCGAUUGUCGGAUACCUAAAUGGGUGCCGACAUGUGUAAAUAACUGUAGCGGUCAUGGCCAGUGUGUGACUACCUGGAACAGGGACUGGUGCUACUGUGACUACGGAUACUUCGGCAAAAAUUGCGAAACGAAGAACGAUACUAUUAUUUGUGGUUCGAAAAAUAUCACCAUCGUGACCCAUGUGUCCUCUGAUAAGGCUGUGGUACUUCAUGGUCACCCAAUGUGUAUGUUUUCUCGGGUUCCUGCCGGACGGCAUGUCUACAAGUACGAACUGACCGUUGACAGGAUGCCUCCCCCGGGCCAUCCAUGUGCGGGCGCGUUACACACUAUGGUUAUUGAUUCAAGUACAACUGUACAGAUGUUCCACGUUGAAAUCCAGUCAUCCUUCGGGAUAGUUACUCCACUCGAUUGGAUCACAGAGUUUGAAUGUACAUACAGAAAUACCGUCACCGGUUCCAGUCAACCGAAACUAGAUGUACAGCGAUACGAAGUCAAACUGCUAGACAGUCAAUACGAGCCUCAACCUAACGGCGAGGUGCCAAUCUACAACGAGUUUUCCCUUGAGUUCACCCCCACGCCUUCAGUCAAUGUGCCAGACGCCCAUGCAAUGGUGUGGGACCUGAAGGUCUACGACGCCGAGAAAACUCGUCCGAUAGCAGAUAUCCUCGUGGAUGGUUGUCUGACUAUUGCUGGAGAGGAGAGACUGCUUGGACCGCCAGCUGCCCUCGUGGCUCAGAGAGGAGUUGUUCUGACCUUUGCCCCUGUUAAUAAAGACACCUACCUCUUCUUCGACUACAAGGUUAAGAUCUGUGACGGACAAUGCCCACAGCCACCCUGUGCCGGUAAACCCAUCCCAAAGAACUGGAUUGGUUUCAAUGUCCACGUUGCUAUGAACAACGCUGUAUAAUAAUCAUCAUAUACAAUGAUUUUGGUAUUAUUAAUAGCUCCAAAAAACUUAUCAAUGAAAUCAAAAUAUUAUCAUUUUUCUUAGUAAUAACAAACAUAUUGAUAUGUUAAUUUAACAAAGGUUGAUUUCUUACAAAUAUUAAAAUAAAUUUAAAAUAAAAUACGAAAUGAAAUAUAACGAUAUAAAGUCUUCGUUGAUUGCCAGUGUCAAAUAUCAUCAGUGUGUGUUAUGCAUUGACUUUCAUUAGUAAAUUAGAAUAUUUGGUUAUAAAUAGUUUGUUCAUGAUAAUUUAAUACUAUCUGCUCACAUCCCGUUUCUUUAUUACGAUAGCAUGAAAGGAACGUAUAAUAGUAAUUAUAAUAAGAUACAAGACUGUUUUAAACACUAUUGUAUAAUGUUUGUUAAGGGGAAGUAAUCCUUAUAAUUGUCAUUGUUCUGUUGUGUAUGCAUCAAACAAAGGCAUUGUCUUUCUUCAUUAUGAAAAAAACAUAUAAGUAAUAUUUAAUACUCUGAUUGUGUUUUCUAUGAUUUUAAUAAAACGUAAUAAAAACUACGUUCGAAAAUGCAUAGAACGAAAAUAGCAAAACAAAAAGUUUUAAAGGACGUUACUGAAUUAGUUUACUGUUAUGAAUCAUUAUUCUUUCAAACAUUUAUUUUUGUCUCAAUAAAUUUAUGUAUUCAUCAA